AUGUUGUCCAACGCCAAUGGCAGGGGCUGCUCGAUUAGGGAGUACGCCGCUAGGAUUGCCGCGCUGCCCAUGCGCAUUAACGAACGCAACAAAGAGGUGGAUCGUAGCGAGCAUCACCUGAUGGUAACGAUAGAGGUGUUCAAAAGAGUGGCCGAUCACAUGACGGACAUUGGCGAGCUUAUAAUCAGCCCCAUGAUCGCCAAAGCGCUAGAGCACUACAAGAAGAGCGAUACGACUACCAACCCCGGCAUCUCUUCGGUCAGCGCUUCCAAGGAGUCUAGAAUGAUGAUGAGAAUGUACGCUCAGUACUGCCUGGAAAACAAAUCCCUGUCUCUUAGGAAGUCUGGGGAUCCCCUGAUAAGCUCUGUCUCAGGCCAAAAUCAACAGCGCACACAACAACAGCAGCAGCAGCAGCAGCAGCAGUGCACACAACAGCAGCAGCGGCGGCACCCAACUAUCUGCUCCAACUAA